AGUUAACAAACAUUCUAAAUAAAUAAUUUGACAAAACUAACAAAUUCAAACUAAACAGAAGAAUUAUGUCUCCGACGUGAACUUUUAUUUUUGUUUACUUGUAUUAUAAAAAUAUGACCUUUUCACCUUAAUAAUUUUAAUUGCUAAAUUAACCUUUGUGCCAUUUUUAAAGUAAAAUGUCUUCUACUAUUACUGUGUUCACUAUAAUUUUUUCUGUGAUAUUAGGCAAUUUUUUAUGUGCUGACGUAAAUAAUAGAAAUAUACAACAGAAUGCAUGGCACAGUGUAAAUACCUCCAUUUACGAUUACAAUGCCCAAGUGUGGCCAGCAUUAGGAAGCAGGAAAAAUCAGCAAAAUGUACAAACUUCAACUAAAAUUCCCCAGUGGAUUCGUCCAAAUAAUGGACCAAAUUGGGUGAGAAACACCCCUUCACCACAAAACUCUAAGAAUUCCCCUCAACACUCAAAUAUUCCAUCUAAAAACUCAAUAACUCCUGUGGAAAAUUCUAAUAUUAAACCUCAACUUAAUUCCAAUAUUAAUCCUCCACGAAAUUCAAACACAAGGCCCACAGAUUAUAAUACCAUGUUUUUAAAUAAUGAAAGAAGCCCUAAUAGAAAUAUGGGCUCAACAAAUUCUAGAUCUAAUAGUGAUAAUGUACAGUCUACCCAAAAAAGAACAAAUGGAAAUUUUGCUGGAGGAAAUAGUAUAAUCUUUUCAGGGUCUGCAAUAACUAAUACAGAAGGUAAUAAAGGUAAAAAACAAGAAACUGGUUCUAGCCAAACUGAUGAUAUUGACGAUAAUGAAUUACGACAGUUUUCAGAAGAUUUGUUAAAUAAAGAUUCUAAUAAUGCUGCCCAAUACGUAAACGUCAAUUUACAAGGUAUUACCACUUCAAGAUCCACUGCAGAUCAAGCUCCUUUACCGCUUCUCAGUAUUAACAAAGCCGCUUAUUCCAUUCCAUCAAUUUCAAAAUUACUCCUUUUGUAUAAUAAUUACAUAGUGGAAUCAAAUCAGAAUGAAGUCUAUACUGCUCAAGAAAAAAAUGAAGAAAAUGAUCUUUUGGAUAUAAUCUUACAAACACCUGUUAUGCAAUACACUAGAAAUUUUUUGAUUGGUAAAGGUAAAAUUGGAAGGGAUCCAAAAGAAUUUAAAGAUUUGUUGCGUCGGAUUUGGUUUAACAUGUAUUCUAGAGGAGGAGGAAAAAUUGGAUCCAGUGGUUUUGAACACGUUUUUUUAACAGAACUGAAAAAUAAUCAAGUGUCUGGUUUACACAACUGGAUCUAUUUCAAUGAAGAAGAACAAAAAAACAAUGCCAAUUAUUUAGGAUAUAUGAAAAAAAUUGAUUUGAGUGGUAAAGGAGCUAUACUAAAAUUCCAUUUCACUUUUCAAGGAGUUGAUAAACCAGUAGGCUCAAUGUUCAUUGGUACAAGUCCGGAGUUAGAAAUUGCUUUGUACUCUACAUGUUUCAUUUUGAGACCAGAUAAAAUUUGCCCUUUGAAAAUGAAUGGAAACAGGUUCAUAAUAAGGACUUAUACCUACAGAUACAGAGGGAAGAAUAUGAUUGGCAGUGCUUUUCCAGAAAUAUAGAGAUUUUGUUUUAACUUUAAUAUAAUGAUUAGAUUUAAUAAAAGAUGCUUUUUCAUGACGGA